CCAUUAGAUAACUGCUUCACGGAUACGCAGCCCAUAUCCUCAGUUUUUUGGCCCUUUCCUUUUACCGUCUUUUACCAUCCCGAUUUAGUACCGUAUUCUUCCUUCAUCCUCCAUUGGUUGGUUAGUCGGCGCUGGUGAAUAUGCAGACUGAAGCGCGUGUCGGAGUGGUGGUGGAAGGAGGUGGUCUCAAUACGCCCUCCGUCGUGGUGGAGCCCCCCCGUCAGAGGCAAAUUGAUUCCGCUUCGCAGCUUCUCGCCGGUGGAGUCGCCGGAGCUGUCAGCAAAACUUGCACGGCACCUCUCGCCCGCCUCACAAUUCUUUUUCAGAUUCAGGGUAUGCAUACAGACAUUUCUGGCUUAAAAAAGGCUGACAUAUGGCAUGAAGCAUCAAGAAUUGUUAGAGAAGAGGGAGUGAGGGCAUUUUGGAAAGGAAAUCUAGUUACAAUUGCGCAUCGUCUUCCCUAUUCCUCUAUUAGCUUUUAUGCUUUUGAACGCUACAAGAAUAUGUUGCAAGUUAUAUGUGGAGUUGAAAAUCAAGGAGAGAGUGUUAGUGCUGACCUCUGCAUACGGCUUCUAGGUGGUGGCUUGGCUGGAGUAACUGCUGCUUCAGCUACAUAUCCUUUGGAUCUUGUAAGGACACGCCUGGCAGCGCAGAGAAAUGUGAUAUAUUACAGGGGAAUAUGGCAUGCGUUGCGUACCAUCAGCAAGGAGGAAAGAAUCCGUGGUCUUUAUAAAGGACUUGGUGCAACUCUAUUGGGUGUUGGACCAAAUUUGGCUAUUAGUUUUUCAGUGUAUGAUACUGGAAGAUCAUACUGGCAUUUUCAUAGACCCGAAGACUCACCCGUUUUGGUAAGCCUUGCAUGUGGAAGUCUAUCCGGAAUCGUAGCCUCAACAGUAGUGUAUCCUCUGGAUCUCGUGAGACGGAGGAUGCAGGUGGAAGGAUCUGCCGGCAGAGCCCGUGUUUAUAAAAGAGGAAUCUUGGAUGCUGUGAGACACAUAACUCGGACAGAAGGGGUGCGCGGUCUGUACAGAGGGAUUCUGCCCGAAUAUUACAAAGUGGUGCCGAGCGUCGGCAUCGUGUUCAUGACAUACGAAAAGGUGAAGCAGUUUCUGGCCGAGGCUAUUCCUCCAAGCUGACAUUAACAUUGUUUGUAGGCUGCCUGCUUGCAGCAGCUGCCUUUCCCUUUUGCAAUAUUUCCUGAGUAUGAGUAUUUUAAUUAAUUUUGAUGCUUACUUGGACAAUUAAUUGUAUAACCUUUUCUUGAGUACUAUAUUAGACUAGGCAGGCAUUUAGGUUUUUCUAACUAGAAUUAAUUGGCCGUUUAAUUUGGAUCCCAAAUUUCAUGACAUCCCACGUUAGUUAU